UGUUUACAAACAGCGCGGAGCACGCCGCAGCCGCCGCCGCGUCCUGCAACACAACACACACAAACACGGUGGCUGCAGCACUCGACCACUCGCCCCCGCAACACUGCGCUGCACCACGCCUGGGUUCACCACAUUUUAUUCGUGUCGCAUCGCUGAGAGACUCCACAUUCAUGAAGAUCAUCAGCAAUUUGUAUUCUAUGCACGGACACGACUGCACGUAGUCUUUACAAGCAAAUCGGAUCUGCAAAUUGAAUUUCACAGACAAAUCAGAACCAUGCAAGUGUGGAGAGCUCCGACGGCUCUGCACGUGCUGGUGGUACUGGCGUGCGCGCUGCUCUGCCGCGCCAAGAUAUUGCGCAACAACGCGCUCAUGAACAAGAUGAUGUCGCAGUUCCAGCGCGACAACAGCAAUAACCUGUCGCUGGAGCCGGUGGUGAUGCAGGCGAGCCAAGUGGUGCAGGCGACGCCGGCGGGCGGCGCGCAUGUUUUGGCGGUCAUGCAGUCCGUGCUCUGCAAGAAUUUCCCCAGCAUUCCCUGCCGGCUUAUCACGCAGGACCGCACGCUCAGCCGCCUCAUAGAGAAGUCCAUUCAGCAGAUCAACUACAAGAAGCUUUCGCUCGAGAAGACGACGCAGCCCGACAACCGCAGGACCGAGUACCCCCUCAUCAACAGUGAGGAUCUAUCGAAUUUUCUCCAGGUCCAGAACACUGGCUACUUCGAUAACGGCGAGACGAGGCGGAGACGCAAGAAACAGAAGCUCAAGACCGAGCGUAUAAACUGGUCGAAGGAGAAGGGAAAGAAGUCGAGCAAACAGAACAAGCGCACGUCGGUGUUCGGGCGCAAGAAGCUGCGCAAGUUCUACCCGCACAAGGUGAAGUACAAGGACAAGACGCACAGCGCCCAACUCGAAUUCCGAGGAGAGUACUCGGGCGAGCGCGGGGAGCGGGGCGAGCGGGGAGCGCGCGGGGAGCGGGGCUCGCUGUCGGUGGAGCUGCCGGCGGGGGCGCUGGCGCCGUCGCAGCAGCACUACGCGUACAAGCGCGAGCCCGCCGCGCCCGCCGUCUGGCGCAUCGACUACGCCAAGCACGGCGGGCCCAGCCUCAACCUGCUCGGCUCCCUCACAAAGACGCAGGGCGGCGGAGCUGGCGCGGGCGGCGGGGAGGAGCAGGGACGUAAGGACGUGUUGCACCCCGACGUCUACAUCAAGAAGAACUUCAUUAGAAAGAACUCCGAGCUGGUGGACUAAGGCCGGCUACUAACUUAGACACUAGACGACAGGGACCUCGGGCCUCUACUCUGUA